CUUCGUGGGCUGAGACGCGAAUCCACAUCUGCCCUUCCCUCGGAUCGUACCAGUAUGUUCUCGCGUCUGCCGAUCGACGGUGGACUCCGCCUCAGCUUCCUCCGUUCACUAGAAUUCGCCUUGACCUCCCCUUUUCUUAUAGACGUCGAUAGGUGAGAAUUCCCGGAGAUCAAAUCCGAGCGGGGCUUCCCCCCUUUGGAGUGAUUCGGUCGUGGCCCGGAGAACUUUUUCCCAAGUUGCUCGCUUUUUGGAUAAGAAUAUCGAGAGGUCUGUUGUGGUUUUCUUGUUUCUUGUUCUCUUCGGGAUGGGAAUAAAGCUGCCACCUUGAUCUCGGCUCAUCUUUUCCUUUUCGUCCGUUUUCAAUCGAUAGGAUAUAAAAAUCCCACCUUGCUGAGUUUGGGUGUCGAUCCUCUGGUGAAAAUUCUAUUGGCAAUGAAUGCAUAGAAAGAAAUGGAAACACAUUCAGCUUUACCGGUGGGGAAUCUGAAUAUGCAGCAAUUCUGUAAUUCUGGGAGCUCUGGAGUUAUGUCAUCAUCUCUACCUGUUCUACCAAACACCUUGGAGGAGAAAUUCCCUGAACUACCAGAUCCCCAACAUGUUCCACUGGAGAGGGAAAUACAAAGAAAUCCUUUGCCUUCCCAGAGACCUUUGUUUUCAUCACCUUCUGGAUUUUCUCCAGAUCUUAGUUUCUCUUCAACUCUCAUCCAUGAGAGGCAUACCAACAAUACUCCAUUCGUCAGUCGAUCACUGAAUGCUGGAGUUUCUUUGCCUUCAACCUAUUUGUCAAAUAUGGAAAUAUUUCAAGUGCCAAAUAAUUUCCCCAAAGAUCCAACUGAAAUAACCUGGUGUCCGGAUUCAGUUCAAGGCAUGCUAAAUUGUUCAGAUGGUGUAAUUAUGGGGAACAAUCAAAUACAAAAUAGCUCAAAUAAGGUUUCUAAUGACCGUAAUAAGCAAAAUGAAUGGUGGAGUGAUAUAAUGAAUGUGGAUUGGAAGGAUCUUUUUGAUGAUACAACUAUCUCUGAAUCUCAACCGAAGGUUGUUUACCCACCUGCCCAAUCCUCCUCUAAUAUUUCAAUGCAGCAGCUGCAAACAGAUCAGUCUGUUCCAUGCCAUUCUGGUGAGGUUUGUGCUGUCACUGGUGCAUCAUCUUCUGCCACUACUGUUGCAGCCAAGCCACGGAUGAGGUGGACUCCAGAGCUUCAUGAAUGCUUCAUAAAUGCUGUCAACCAGCUCGGUGGUAGUGAAAAAGCUACUCCUAAAGGUGUACUGAAUAUCAUGAAAGUGGAAGGAUUGACAAUAUACCAUGUGAAAAGUCAUCUACAGAAAUAUAGGACUGCACGUUAUAAGCCAGACUCAUUAGAAGGGAUGUCAGAAAAGAUGGCCACUCAGAGUGAGGAAUUACCUUCUCUAGAUCUAAAGACAGGCAUUGAUUUCACUGAAGCAUUACGACUCCAGAUGGAAGUUCAGAAGCGACUUCAUGAACAACUUGAGAUUCAGAGAAAUCUGCAGCUGAGAAUUGAAGAGCAAGGGAAAUACCUGCAAAUGAUGUUUGAGAAGCAAUACAAGUCAACCAUGGACAAGACCCAUUGUUCUUCCACUGUAGAAAAACCAACAACCAUAUCUUCCGAUCAAACACAUUCUACUGCCAAGAUUGAUCUCCCAGAAGCACGAAAUAGUUCCACUGAUUCAAAAAUAACAGAGGGCUUUAGGCAAGUCAGUAACAAGUGGAAGAUGUCUGAAGUUGAACCUUCCAAUGAGAAGGAAACAGACGCUCUUACUAGUGCCCUUCCACCAAGCAAGCACUCGAGAAUAAAUGACGAGGACUCGUGAAUUCCAAUCUCAGCAUUGGACUGACUAAUGUUACAACACCGGUAGCUGUCGAUAUGAACAUCAUUAUUGCAAUAAAAAGUUUCCAGUACAAAUGGAGGUUAUUUGGGAGGAGACACUUCUAGCAGUAGUAGCAGAUUUAGUAACUUGUUUCAUAUCUAUGUUAGGUAUGAAUCAUAGGGUGCAGUCUUUAAGAAAAUUCCUAUUAGAAGGAAGUGGAGAAGUGAUGUCUCUGAACAACAAAGUUAAUAAAAAAAGACCUUGAUAUUUUAUGGCUUUA